GCACGCACUUCGUGCUGGGGGCACAGGUGCUGCAGGGCGGAGCCGCCGUCCACUUUACAACCCGGGGACCGCAGUCACGAUAGAAUUCUAUGUGGCUGAGGAUGGCUUCGAACUAACUGUGGAGCUGAGUAUGAUGCUGAACUUCUGGUCUUCUUGCCUCCACUUCCCAAGUGCUGGGAUUACAGGAAACCGUGUUUUCUUUAGUUACUGGAGGAUCAGAACUUUGGACCUCAGAUGCUCCUGGAAAAGGAGCAGACUACGAAGACACUAAUCAUACCAGUGGCCUGUGUUAGUCACCAAGCAUCAUCUCAUCCUGCUUGCUUGUUGCGUAGUAGGUCAUCAGUAUUUGUUUUAUGAAUAAAGUAUGAAUAAAGGGAAGUCGUCAGUGUGUAAAAACAAGAGGCCUUCCAUUACUUGAGUGUGCAGUAGCACGUCUCAGUAAUACUUCAUGAACUAAACCCGUCAUCUUGACUUCUUUGGACCAGAAUGAAAUUCUAAGCAAGCCUUCCCCAGUCAAUUCCACUUAAAAGCUUCUUUUCCUUCCGUUCGACAACAAUGAUUGCCCCUGCAGAUGAGGCACAUGGCCACCCACUUCCCGCCUCUUCAUCAGCCUCGGCUGCCCGUCGUCCCCGCGGGUUCCAGAGCCCCAUCCCCGUCCGUCACAGAACCGCGCGUAAAUCCGCCCUCUCCUUCGACCCCCGCCACCCGCUCCAGCUUCCGCCUAGCUCGCUUUUGGGACAAAUGAUGCAAAAGAAGCUCCGCUUCCGCGUCGGCGGGGGCUGUGACGUCACCGCGCCUUGACGUCAGGCCAACGUGCAGCGCGGUCGCCCGGGAGACCAGGGAAGCCGUUUUACACCCUGCGGAGUCCCGGGCUAGGCUGUUUUUCUGCAGUGCUCUCUCAGUACGUUUGGGGAACUAUGGAUCGUCACAUUCCCAUGCAUGCCUUACCUGAAGAAAUCCAAAAGAUGUCUCCUGAAGAAACAGUUUGUAAAUACUGUGGCGUCAGCUAUCUAAUUCUUCAUGAAUUUAAGGCUAUGGAAGAAAAACUGAAAGCAGUGCAAGAAGAAAUGAAAUUUUAUCAAGGAAGUGUAGAACGUGAAAAGAAACUUCAAGAAAAGCUGCAGUCUCUUAGCCAGGAGUUUGAACAGUAUAAAAGUGACAGCGAGUCCAAGAAGGCAAGAGUUGAAGAUGCAAGCAUACAGUUAAAAAAGCAACAAAAUGGAUUUCAGAGAGUACAGAAAGAAUUAGGUCAUCUACAACUUGAGUUAAAAAUUAAACAAAAACAAUCCCAAGUCUUCAGUCAAAGAUUGUCAGAAUACAAAUACUUCUGGAAUAAGACUCUUUUAUUACUUACUUUUACUAAAAGGGAACUAACAAGUAUUAAAUAUGAAAUAUAUGAUAAUUUUCAAAACUGGACUUCACUGAAAGGAGAAGUUUUUCUACAAAUUAAAUCUAUAAGUGAUACAGCUUUGGCAGAGAUAGAUAUGUUAAAUAAAAGUCUGACAGUGUCCCAGAGAAAUAAGGUAUGCCUGGAAGAGGAAAUGAAAAGUCUCAAAUUGUUGUCGGAUGCAGCCAUAUUGAGGUCUCAGCAGAUGGAGGCAUCCAAACAGCAUGAAGUGAACUUGCAAGCCAGGUGCUAUGAGCUGCAGAAGGAAGCACUAGAUUUACAGUGUCAAGUAGAGGCACUUGGGUUGAGACUUCAGAAGACAGCAAAGGAGCUGGACAACUGUAAGGAGAUGCUCAUGAAAAAAUCUAAUGAUGCUGAAAGCUGUGAAAGAGAACUUAGAAAACUGAAGUUUGAGUCCAUUAUCUCUGAGUCAAGGCACAAAAGGCUACUUAAAGAAAAAGAAGACUCUUUAAUUACUUGCCAACAACUAUAUAAAACCGUACAGGAAGAGCUGACAACAAAAGAAAGACAAGAGGAAGAUAUAAAACGGAGAAUCAACCUCACAGAAAAUGAACUAGAGAUGACUAAAUCUCUCCUGCUUCAGACACAGGAAGAAAUUUUAACACUGAAAAAUGAAAGGGAAUUGAUGCUGGUUUCUCAUCAGAAAAGCAUCGAGCAGCUGCAGGAAACCCUGAGACAGAAGCUGCUGAGCGAUGACAGCUGGCGGGAGAAGAUUGAAGCUGAGCUCAGCAAGGAAAGAGCCCGGCAUCUCAUUGAGUUCCAGGAUCAAGCUCUUCUCUUUAAGGAGGAAGCUAAACUGGAACUUGACAUUGAAAAAGAAAAGCACCAGGAAAUAAUCCGGAAGUAUCAGCAAGAACAUGAGGACCUGCAGAGGAAGAUAGGUGACCUAAUCGCAGAUGCUACAAAGGACCUGAGGCUGGAAGUGGCCUCUCUCCAAGAAAAACUGCAUGAAUCCCAUGCACAAUACACAGAAGAGUCUGAAUCGAAGAAAAAAGAAAUUGAAGACCUGAAAAAUCUGGUAGCAGAAUUCCAGUGUCGUUUGAAACAGGAAACUGGCCGUGAUGAUUCAAUUUCCGAAGAGUUGAAGAAGGAAAUGAAACAGAAGUCAGACGAGCUGGAAAGAGUAAGGCUGGCCCAGACACAGCUGCUGCAGCAGUUCAGCCAGUCACAGGAAGAGAACACUUUUCUCCAGGAAACCGUGCGCAGAGAGUGUGAAGAACGCUUUGAACUAACGGAGGCUUUGAGUCAAGCCAAAGAACAGCUCCUGGAGCUCAGGAGGAGCGGAGGAAACUUACCGUGUUCCCUCAAUAAGGGCACCCUAACCUACCCUGCCUCGGCAGUCAGUAAUCACCGCGAGCUAAGCAGUGGGAGACAGAACUGUGGACGAGGCACCGGCACGCCCAGCCUGCGUGGACUGCCAAAACCCACAGCUUCCCCGACCCCAGAUAAGCUCAAGAAGGUCAGCAGCUCGGGACUGCCUGCCCUUUCCCAGGCAUAUCCUCCCAGGGGCCGAGCAAUUUCAGUAAACGAGGCCAGGCAGAGGUUGACAGCCAUCCUUCGCAGGAGGUUGAGUCAGCAGUGAUGACCUGCUUCAGGAGGGUCCCACCCACGGGACACACACCCUUUCACAGCAGGGCAGAGACUCACUGUAACCGGGUACCGGGAAACAAACAUAGCUGUAGAUGUAGUUAACAAGAAAUGUACAAAGCUAGGAACUGUGAAGCCACAGUUUUCAAAGGGCCUCAGAAAUUGCAACAGAUAAUGAAGUUGGUACUCCAGAGGUCUGAUUUCUACGUUCAUGUAUGUAUUUUAUGCUCCUCGAGUCUGGCCCUUAGAGACUGCAGGGAAAAGCGUCUCAGCCUGGCGAGUUUUUCCUCUUCCUCCCUCACUUUCUGUCUUUCAUCCUCUCCUUUCUCUCCUUUUCCCACCAUAGCAAGUAGAUUAUCGCCACAAAAGAGAUUAUAUUGGUUUUAUGGUAUCUUUUUCAUUUGUUUAUUGAACUAAAUAGAUGUAAGUAUUCUAAUUAGAAAAAGAAAGACCUUGAUUUCCAAAGUCCUUACUUCCAGUAUUUGCAGAGCUGAUAGGCACCAUCAAAUGCUCAGCAUAGCUGGGUCAAAAGGAAGGAGAGCCUUUAUAAGACCAUCUGCUGGGAGGCUGGGACCGGCUAUAAAAGAUGGGGAUUCCCAUUCAGGGGAAAGUAGUUUGAAUCUCUAUCAAUAUUUUAGAAAGCGACAUGACCAUGAAAAUAUUUCUUGGUGGAUAUUUUCUCAUUGAAUACUUUUUGGUACAUAGUUGAGUUCUAUUGUACUUGCAUUCUCCAGCCAUUGGGAAGAGAACUAACACAAGGUCACUUAGUAAAAAAAAAAUACAAUGCUAAUUUGGAUUCAAAAUUGAUUGCCCUUGGAAAUGUCUAACUGAUUAACAGUUUCUAUUCUCAGUGUGAGAAUGUAAAACAAGAUAUGCUAUUUAAAGUUAUCAAGCUUCUGGCUCAUCUAGCUGAUCUUAGGUAAAGCUAACACUCAUCUGUCCUCUCUCCAUAUGAUAGGACUGUAUUAGUCUUUCUAAUGGUGGCGGCAGGGGGGGGGGGGGGACUAAAUCUGAUGUAUCAUGGACAUUAAACUUUCCCUUUCUCAUAUAGGAAUACUAGUGACACGUGAUUAUAGCACAUUUAAUUAUCUAUUUGGCUGCAGCGUUGAUGAGAGAAACCAGUGGUACCUAGCAUCCUAACCACUGCUAAAGAAAUAACACUGAUAAACAAAAUCAUGGUUAUCUCCCAUCUUUUUAAGGCUGUUUUAACCUUAAAAUAAUUCCACGUUAGAUCCCUGGCUUCCUGGCUACCUUAGGUAAAGUCAUCUUUGUGUUAAGUAUUAGAGUGCUUUCUGUUGGUUACAGAGGUGGCCGUUCUUCAUAAUGGCAUUUCACGAGAGAGCACAAACCGCAGAAGAGUGGCUCAAUGAUUGCCCUAGCCCUCUCUGCAGAUAAGAAGCAGAUGAAAAGCAUUCGACUUAGCUGAAGUAGUAUACUUAGGGACAGAGUUGAACCAGAACCACUCCCUCAAUCCCAGCCUUUCCAGCCUUCAAAGGUUCCCAGGGCUCCACCAGGACUGGUGUCAACAGCGCCCACACUGUAGCUAAUUAACGUCCUCGUUCCUCUUGAAGUGCUCUGGCUUUUCAAAUCUGAGUUUGUAUAAGAAGGAAAGUUGAUUCAGGGAAGAAUAACUACAAAGUAACAAAUGUCCUUUUACUAAUUAUAUUUUUCUAGAGAACUCUAAUAUAAGUGUGCAUCUAUGAAAAUAAGAAAUGUUAACUGGUAUUCCCCUUCCUUGGUAUCAUCGUGUGUAAUGCAACAGGGGCCACAGCACCAGAUCUCCUUGCCCUGAGCUUUUGUUUGCACUUUGAAUUAUAAAUACCUGUGACAUAAGGCAGAUGGUAAAGUGAGCAAAGGCACGGACUGGCUUGCACAGUGAUCUCUGUCAUCAGGUCCCACAUGCUUAUUCACUGUUUUGCUAUUUCAGCGGGAGUCAUGGGCAUACAAUGAGUUUAUUUUUACUGGGAAUACAGGUUAAUAAGAAAAGUCACGUGUAAGCUUUUCUAAACUGAUAGAAGGACUACCAUUGCAAAACAUGGUUUCUUAGUUUGUUGAUAUACUCCUGCUUUGCAAUGAAUAACUCUGUAACUCAGAAUGGAACCAUUGUUUGCCACGAGGCUGUGUUAUAUGCUACAAAGAUAUCAGAGAAGCAUAAACAGAAAAAUGGUAUUUACAUUAAUUUAACCUACACCAUCUGAAGAAUACAGCUUGAGCUAUAGGAAUAUGUAGUUGAAGAAAGAAAUCCUUAAAAGUGACACAAGAACUGGAAACUUAGAGGUUAAAACAUAGUUCCUUUAUUUUUUGAGUGAUGAACUCUAAGCAUGGAAGAGUAUCAGGAAUGUUAAGAAAGUAGUGAAGGGCUAGAUACAUGGCUCAGCAAUCAGGAGCACUUGCCGCUCUUGCAGAGAACUCUGGUUUGGAUCCUGUCAUCACAUGGCAGCUCAAAAACAUCUGCAACUCCAUCCUCCAUCAGAACCUGAUGCCCUCCUCUUACUUCUAGGGGCUCUGCACAUAGGUGACACACAUACAUACACCCUGGCAAACUACCCAUACACAUAAAGUAAAGAAAUAAUUUAAAAAUAAUAGAUAAUUUAGGGUUCUGAAGUAUUAUCUUGAACUACAGGUUAAUCCUACAGCUAUCAUAAAAAAAUGAUGGUGAGAGCUAGAAAAAGGAAAAAGGGGAAAACAGCAUAGAUCCUCAAGAAUUAUACAGUAGGGGCCAAGAAUAAAGUAUAUGCAGAUGUGAAAUGGAAGGGAGUAUUGACCAAAGAGUUGAGAGCAAAAUAGUAAAGGAAUCUUAGAGGAAUCAGGGAUGCUUUAAAACAGAACUGGUCUAUUCAACAAGUCUUCAAAAGGAGGAGUAGAAUUGUACAGAAAAAGGGUAUUCUAGGUAGAGAAGUGUGUAAAUGGAGGCACAGACGUAGGAAUCAUAAGAGCAUUUGAUGGGAGUUAGCAGCAGCCUGAGUCCCAGGUAAGCUGAUGUCAUUGCUAGGGGUGUUCAGUAAGGGCCAGUGCAUGCUUUUAGCUGGAAGUGGAUUGCUUUGCUGGAAGUGGGAGCCCUGCCCUGGCAAGGCUGUGCUGGGGUAUUGUGGAAUGGGAAGGUGGGGAAUACAAGAGCAGCUGGCAGACAAUGAGUAGUCCAGACGAGUUAAUGAAGUUCUAAUGAAGAUAUUUGUGUUGGGAAUAAAAAAUAGGCAUCAGAUUAAAAAUCUAUUCAGAGUAGAGAAAGGAUUUUUGUUUCUCCUGCUAACUGCAGCUUGAAACUAUUGCCAGCCCUUGACACACUGGCAGGAGUUCAUUUGAUGAGCCUGGCUCUAAUCAGAGGAUCAUCUCUAUUUAAGAAUAUUAUAACCUCUCUGAAUAAUGUGAACUCGGAGGAGCUGCAUCUCGCUUGGGAAAUGCAUGAGCUCAUAGACCGCUACACACGAGAACCCUCCUUGAAGGUCUGAAGAGUGUUCUGAGAAUUAUGGGAAGGGUGAGAAAUGGACAUAAGCCAGAAAUAAUUAUCGUCUUAAGUCAAAGGAUGCGAGAACAGCUAAACAGGAAGAUUCUGGAGUGACGCUGUGCAAUAAAACCUUGCUUUCUCGAAUACUUGUGAAGGGAAAUAUAAAAGACAAUGCUCAAAUUAAAGUAAGGGUUAUCUUAAUAUCUUUACAUUUUAUAGAACUGAAGAGACCUGAUACAUCACCUGGUCCAGAUUUAUAGCUUAUGUAAGCAGAUAAUAGUUGACUUAGUUGAUUAGUUUUCUAUUUGCAUGACUGUGUAACAUUAGACCGAAUGAAAGAACCUGGGCUUCAGCUUCUGGCUUACAUGUCUCAUUUCCAGACAAAGAAUAUGACCAGUGUGCCAGGUGGUAGCUACUCAGAGUUUGCCUUCCAGCAAGAUGAGACCUGCUGGCACAUUCUAGAAAUGCAGAAUUUUAGGCCUCACACCCAAACCUACUACCUGAGCUAUCCUCUCCCUCCUCUCUCUCCUCUCCCUCCUCUCCCUCCUCCCCCUCCUCCCCGUCCACCCUUCUUCUCCUCCUGUUUCCCUCCCCUCCUCUUCCCUCCCCUCAUCUCCUCUGCUGUCCUCUCCCCUUUUCCCCUCCCUCCCCACUCCUUGUGCAUGCUAAGUAAUCAGUCUUAGCACUGAGCUUGACCCCCAGCCUAAGGUCUUAAAGAGAUUCUCAGGUGCUUUGUGUUUGCAUUGGGGGCGUUGCUUGUGGUCCAGUAUUCCAUAUCUACUUACCACAAGUUAAACAAAAUAGCCUUGCCUUAUUUAGUCCCUAGCGCCUAGGUGACAACAGUAGGCUAAUGAGACCUGCCCCCCAUGUGCCACAUUGACCCACUUAACACCUACUCCCAGUGCAUUAAGAUUCUUUUGUGUGACCAUUGAUUCUGAGUCCAUAACUCUCUAGGAAAGCUAGUGGUUAAAGAAAAUCAAUAUUCAUCCUGAAAAUCCUAAAACACAUCUCAACACCCAAAGCUGUGAGCCUCAGAACAGUUGGAGAUUUUAUUGUUUUAAUCCAAUAGAGGAAUCUUGGUUCUAAUAAUUGGCAGCACAUUGAAUAAUCAUAAACUUUAAUCUCAUCAUAACAUGUAUUUGAACAUCUGUUUACAUUUAUAAUGGUGAUGCUCAUUGUCUUCUGAGACCUGUGAAAUACGGAAUUUGGGGGAAAUUUUCUAGGGAGAUAAAGUAAAUGCAUUGAAAGUCUCUCUCCUGGAAGUAGGUUUGAACCACUUAAAUAUAAAACUAACUUGGGCAUUAGGCCUGGAUUAAUAUGACUUAAAGACAGAAUUCAUACUGGCUAAAUGGAAUUCAGUUCAGAUUCUCAGUUUCACAAAUCUGGAUAUCACAAUGAGGUGUUAAACGCACUUGCCUGUGAGCACCGCUAGCUCAUCUCAUGAUACCCAGGGCAGCCAUCUUCUUUAAAUAUGUUGUCCUUUCUUGUUGGCAUUGUGCUGUGCGAGAGAGCCUGAGAGCAACCCAGAGCUCUUGUCCCCUGUGCUCUUCCCAGCUCUUCCGCUGAGCCACAUCUCCCGUCCAUUCUCUGAAUGUUUUUAAUGAAGAAAAGAAUGAAAGAAGCCAGUCAAUAGCACACAACUGUGAUAACAGCACCAGGGAGGUAGAGGCAGGAGAAUCACUGUAAGUUCAAAGCCAACCUGGGCUACAUAGAACAUUUGAGGCCAGCCAAGGCUGCAUAUAGAGACUCUCUCUGUCAAUCAAUCAAUGUAAAGAUGGUAAUGAGACAGAUUGCUAUUUAAAUUUUUAAUACCUCAUAUUAGUAUAUUCAGUGCUGAUACUUGUAUAGUUAUAGUUUAAAAUACUUCUCUUAGUUAAGUGAGUCAAAUUCAACAAUUAGACUGUAUAGCUUAGGCCAG